UUUCACUUGUUAACAUAAUAUUUUAUUUACGAACUCGUGGAAUUCAACAGAAUUAUCGUUUGUCGUACACACGUGUUUGAAUUAAUACGAAUUGUAAGAAUUUAAGGACGGAAAAUGGAUCGUGGCCCCAAUAAAAGAAGAAUAAAACCUUCUAAUAACCCGGAAUUAUUGCUAGAUUUUUUAAGUGAAAGUUCAUCUGAUAGUGAUUUUCGUAUUGAAGAUCACCAUGUAAAUAGUGAAUCAGAUUCUGAGGAUUCAAAUUUUUCCUUUACUGAAGAUUGUGGUUAUCAAGAAGAAGUUAAAAAAUAUGAUGAAAGCAAUAUUGGACGUAACAAUGAUAAUGUGACUACUGAUUUUACAGUUGUUGUCACACCAAAAGAAGAUAAUUCUACUAAAGUGAAUUUAAGAGAAAUAGUAGAAAGUAUUCGUAUUUGUAGUAUUUGCUUAGGUGAUACCAGUGAUGAUGUAAACGAAUUAAUAGAUUGUGAUGAAUGUGGUAUUUCAGUUCAUGAAAGUUGUUAUGGUGUUCAUGAUUCCGGAAGUGUAAGUUCAUCCCUUUCAUCAUUUUCCACGGAACCAUGGUUUUGUGAAGCUUGUAAAGCAGGCAUUGAAAAUCCUACUUGUGAAUUAUGUCCUAAUUUUGGUGGAAUAUUUAAGGAGACAGAUUGUGGUAAAUGGGUACAUUUAGUAUGUGCUCUUUAUAUACCUGGUAUAUGUUUUGGCGAAAUUACAAGUCUCAGCAAACUCGAGUUAUUCAAAAAUACUACACCGCGAUGGGGUAAUAAAAGUUGUACAUUGUGUAAGGAUUUCAGAUUUUGCAACACUGGAGUGACUAUUUCAUGUGAUGCUGGGAUGUGCCGAACUAGUUUUCAUGUUACUUGUGCUCAACGAGAAGGUGGAUUAUCAGAUUCAUCAAGUCCAGAAACAGACCAAACAGAUCCAUUUUAUGCUCAUUGCAAGUUGCAUGUAGACAAAUUGAUAGUAAAGACAAGGAAAAGAAAUUGGGAAAUACUUCAAUUAAGAACAGAACAAAUGAAAUUAAAGCGUAAACAACAGUCUUUAGAAAAAUCGCCAACGUGGCAACGUACUCGACGAUGGCUUACAAGAUUACAAUCUAAGUAUGAUCAAAUGAAAAAAAACAGUAAAACACUAACAACAGAAUCAACAUUUAAAUCAAAAGUUCCUCGUCCUAUUACCACAUCAGCUUCAUCAUGUCGAGCACUUUGGUUAAAAGCAGACUUAAUGGGUAUAAAUACUACCUCUCAAGAGACUAUUGAUGGACAAAUUAAGGAAUUGCGUGAUGUACCAAAAAAAUGGUUUAUAUCGCCUGCAUUUAGUUUGGAAUUUGUAAGUUAUUUCAUGGAUAGAAAAUUAAGGUUGGCAGAUUUGCAAAAGCAGCUAAAGCAUUUUACUGAGCGAAAMAACAUACUCCAUGACAAACAAAAAAUUGUACAAGAAAAAUAUAAACAAGUUUACAAAAAUAAUGAAAUUCUAAAAAAAAAACAUUUGGAACUCGAAAAUAUCAUUAAAGCAUACCAUUAUGUAAUUAAUUCAUGCAAUCCUAAUGCUAAUAUUUUAGAUGUAAAUAUAAUUACCAAAGAAGUUCAAAAGGAUUAUGAUUCUUUUAAUACUGUGGCGGCCCCAUUAGGUAUUUUUAAUAAAUGUGGUAUUUGUAGUCAAACAAAUGAUCAACAUUUGCUUGUGAAAUGUGACACAUGCUGCUUAUACUAUCAUUUGCGUUGUUUAUUUCCACCACUGACUAGAAUGCCUAAGAAGACAAAAUUAUUCGGAUGGCAAUGUAGCGAAUGUGAAAAUACGMAUUCCAGCUCUAAACAACUAGUAUUAGAUCCUAAUGCUCCUAGAAAAUCAAGAUACAGUGGAAUAGAGCCAUCUAUAUCAGACAGUCGUGGAUCUUCAUCCUUUGUUAAUGAUUUACAGGAUUUCAAUCGUUCAUCAAAACAGUAUAAAAUGUCUGAGGCAUCAAGUAAAGAAAAAAAAAAUGUACAGCAUAUGGACAAAUAUUCUACAGAAAUAAAAACAAAGCGAGUUAAGUCUCGUAAACGCAAACAUAAGCAUCACAGAGAUAUUUCAGAAUUGGAACCGACUAAUAAUCAUUUAGCUAAUGAAUCACCCCAACAUAAAAUWAAACUCUUUAUUAAAUCUAUACCAAGUGCUAGUGGGGUGAUGACAACAUCAUCACAAUUACUCAUUGAACCACAAUCAAAAGAAACACUUCAAUCAUCUACAACUAAACUAGAAAAGUGUGUUGCACCAAUCAGAAUCAAAAAGACAUUGACAGAUAUUAAAUUAACUCCUUUGUGCUAUACUUGUAAAAAAACUGGAACUACCGAUGUAAUGGUUCAGUGUGAGGAUUGCAGUAACUAUUUUCAUUUUAGCUGUCUUGAUCCCCCAUUGAAAAAAACACCAAAAGUUUGUGGUUACUCAUGGCACUGUGAAGAUUGUGAUCCAACGGACAGUGAAUUUUCAUCUUAAAAAUAUUUGUAAGCAAAAUUCUACUACAUUGUUAUCAAUGAUAAAAUUAUCUUAAAUUAUUAUUUAU